UGCGCGUCUGCCGUGCAACCGUUGACGUCUCCUCGGUUCUCGUUCAUUGAUGAGAUAUUAUAACAUUUACACUGAGAAAUUGUGCGAUAUUUGCAACUCGUAUUAGUUUUCUUGCGUGUUCAAGCAAUAAUGAAACCGUUUUCGGAUUCUGACGAGGAGGAAGAAUUAGGGGCAUUACAGAAGACACUGAGAGAAAGAGCAAACCGCAGUAUCCAGCAUCUCUCCAGCAUGUUGACAGGCCACAGCUCCGACUCCACAGAGUCUACAGAAGUAAAGCACCCGGAAAUGCUACAAAACCCCUGUCUGCCAGUUCAGCAGAGUGAAGCAGUUAAUCAGCUGCGUUCCUUGCUUCAAAAGCAGUCCAAAGAAGCAAAUGUUCACACACCUUCUCCUUCCAAGAGGAAGUUGGUGGCAAAGCAAAGAGUCACAGAUGAGGCCAGUAACAGUCUGCCUGCUGUUCAUGACCUGGUUCCCAUCAUCCACAAUCAGUCCGAGUAUAUUCAACACCUGGAGGCGGAUGUCAAGUUCUGCAAGGAGGAACUUCUUGGAAUGAAACGGAGAGUUAGAGUGGUGGUUGUGGAGAAUGAGAAGCUACAUGAGGAACUCAAAGCAAAGAUGGUGGAAGACACACUCAAAGAAUAUACGCUAGCUGACAGCACGUUAAACGUUGAGCACACACCAGAAAAUACUUUAAACCUAAGACUCAGUUCUGUUCAUCAUGCUGAGGACCAGAAGUGGAGAAAAGAAAUGGAGCAGCUCAAGUGUCUCUAUCAAGCACAAACUGAGACUCUGGAAGCUCAGGUGGUCUCUCUGAAGAAAGACUUGGCAUGUGUUCAGAAGGAGUAUGAGGAAACAAAAGAACGACUGAGGCACAAAGAAGUGAUGGCAGCAGCGACGGUCAGCGGUCAGCGUGUGGGUGGGCUGUGUCUAAAGUGUGCCCAGCAUGAAGCAGUCCUGGCUGAGACACACUCCAAUGUCCAUGUUCAGACCAUUGAAAGACUCACUAAAGAGCGGGAUGAGCUUAUGACCGUCUUGUGCUCUUUGAGGGCGAGUCAGACUGAGGCGCAGCAGAGAGAGUGGGCAGCAUAUCAGCAGGUCAAACAGGCAGUUGAGAUGGCAGAAGAGGCAAACCUGGAAAAGACAAGAGCACUGGUGCAGUGUGAUCACUUCCACAAUGAGCUGAUGCGGCAGAGAGAGAGGCUGGAGAGAGAGCUGGCAUGUGAACAGGAGAAAAUCUCCCAGGCCAAGGAAGCGGCACGUGCAGAAAGCAGGAAGGAGAAAGAAGAGCUUGUCCAGACUGUAACCAGUCUGUCUCAGAGAGUGGCGGAAGUGGAGGGUCUGCUGGAGUGGGGAAAGCGAGACAGGAACUCACUCAAUGCCCAGCUGGAGGAAGCUUAUAAGAAGCUUACUGCACAGGAAACAGACAGCAACAAGGUGUGUGCAGAACUGCGGUUUCGUUUGAGUCAAGCCCAGCUGAAGAAAGAGGAGGCGGAGAGAGAGGUCAGGGACAUCAGCUCCAAACUGAGCCGCCAACUCGAACUGGCUGAGCAGGAAGUACAGAAGCUGGGUGUGGAGCUGAACGGUUGCCGGCAGCGUUUGGAGGAGGCCCAGAAGGCAGAGGGCCGAGCCCGGGCGGAGGCAGCCGGCCUGGCCGAGGGGCUAAGCCGCGCCCAGCGCCAACUGCACCUCACCAGGCAGGAGAAGGAGGCGGCAGUGCGCUGCUGUGGCGAGGACAUGGCCGCUCUGACCUUCCAGGCACAGCGGCGCGAACGCGAGCUGACACAGAAGCUCCAGCAAAUGGAAGCGCAGCACGAGAGGAGUGCCAGAGAAACCGAUUAUCUGCUCAGUGCUCAAAACAACCUGAUCGGGAAACUGAAGGAGGAAUGUCACAUACUCGGGGAGAAGCUGGAGGAACUGACCCAGGACAGCAGAGCAGCGAUAGAGCAGUUGUACCUGGAGAGAGAACACCUGCAGGAAAGCACAGAGAAACUGCGAGGUCGCUGUGAGGAGAUGGAGGAGCAGUGCGUGCAGCACGGGAGAAUGCAUCAGCGUAUGAAACAAAGACUGCAGCAGCUGGAUCAGCACAGUCAAGCCAGUUCUCAGCAGGUUCUGCAGCUUCUUACCAGACAGAACCAACUCAUGCAGGAGCGACAGCAGCUCGCAGAAGAGAUGAAGAACCUCAAGGUUCAGGUACGUGUGGAGAAGAGAGUGGACACAAUGGCUGUGUGAAGGCUUGUCACUUCAUCUUGAACUCAUGGUCACUUCUGGAAUUCAUGUGAUGAUCAUCAGUUUAGUUCUGUAACACACGACACAUUCCACUAGACAUAACAUGAAUGUUAAAAAUGACAGUUUAAUGAAGUAUGGCUGCUUACAUACAACAGUUCAUAGUUAAAUGACGUGUGAAAAUGUAGCAAAUGUUUCUGCACAUUUAAAAAUGCAUUUUAUUACUGAUUUGUGCAACUUAAAGGUUUGAUGGUGCUUAUUUUUUAAGCAGUAUAUUUUUAAUGUUCAAUAAAUAAUUUAUUUCUAUUCAUUUUAAUGUUAAAGUCUAUUGGUUGUAAAUCGUUGAAUGAAUGAACUCUAUGGCCAACGUAAACAUGUCAUGAAAAGCUGGUAUGUCGCACGAGCAAAUAAGGCAAACAAACAAUUCAAGACAAAGCAGAUUGACAUAGUGCUUUAUUUAAGCAGUCUGUAAGAAGGAAAAUAAUGUGCAUCCCUAUCAUAUACAUUUACGUGUAAAAAUACUAGGAUGUACAGUGUACAAAAAAACAGUUUCUUGCAGAUCAGCUCCCAGUGGGCCCUAUAUUCCAGGAAUAUUUUCUUCAUUUAGCAUGAUGGACAGUAAUACAGUUCUUAGUUUUUUUAAUCCCUUCUGUGUAAAAUUCUUAACCACAUGACUAGUUCUUAACAUGGAUCUAACAACAGAGCUAUCAAGGUCAAGAAAUGACACAAAAUCUAGAGCUACAUGGACAUAAAAUGAAUGUCUUUUUUUCAAGAUUUGUUGUUUUUAAAUAAAUACUUUACAAUUCAUGCUCAUUCAUAAUACACUACCAGGAGCGCGAUAUAGAGAAAGUCUGUUGUAGACAGUACAAACAGUAGCAGCAGUGUGCACUCUGAGGUGCAGUCGGGAGGGAUGGAGCCCAUGCUGCCCACGUCUCCAUGGGUCCCGUCCUCACACUAGUUUAGUUUUCGGAAUAAUGACCUUGAGGUCGGUGAACGUGUAUCCUGCUCUAAACUCGACACUGGAACAGCUCAGCCUUGUCUAAAACUCUAGCGCUAGGGAAUCUGGGAAACGUUAGUCUGUCUGUGUCACCAUGGUUGUGUCUCCUGGCAGCAUUUCGGGUCUGUCGGCAUCCACACCUUUUAAAUAUUAUACAACACAAUCUCUCAAAGUAAAAUAGCAUGAGGGGCGAAUCUGUGCUUUCAAGUAUUUUUUUUUCCUUUUCUUUUCCUUUAUUCUUUUCUUUUUUUAAGCAGGGACCAUUUCUCUUUUGCUGAGCUAUAUAAAAAGGGCAAUGGGCAUGAAAGUGCUACUACAGGCAGAUAUAAAGCGGAGUGUUAAAAUAUGGAAUUACAAAAGUGUACGAUUGAGUUGGCCAAAGCCAAAAGGCCCUUCUGCUAUUUCAAUAAAGUCCAGGAAUACUGUAUUACCGAUAAUAGUCUCUCACAUGCAAGGUACCGCAACAUCACCUCUGCCACCUCUUAAUGUGUUGAGGACUCAAUGGUCCUUCACAAGUGCAUAUUAAGUUAAUGAAACGAAUGAACGGCAUCACAGUAUGAUUGAAUAAUCCCAAUGUGUCCAUACAAUCCCAAAUCCGUUGCACUGAAACGCAGUUUAACCAAAAGUAGCAAAAUAAAAAAUAUAAGUGCUUUAAUCUCCUCAUCCGUAAAUUAAAUUGACAAUCGUGAAGACAAAAACAAAACCACGUCGAGGAAUAUUCAAGUUAUUUGCUAUUAA